CAUCUGCUGGAAUUGGGGAGAAAUUCCAUGUGACAUCGCGCGCGCCCGGAAUUGUCCCGACGCAGUACUCGCGUGUGCAUUUGUGUGAGUGUGACGGGAGACAAAAUUAGAGAGGCUGAGAAAAAUAUUAUUUUGUGAUAACAUUUCAGCACUACGGCUAGUGAUUACUCGAUCAUCGAGGAGUGCGAUCAGUGCUGCAACUCACGAGCUUUAACACCAUCUUGUAGACUGCGCCAGGUGUGGUUUUGGAACCCCAGAGCACGAAUCCUCCAUUCCGCACAAUCUCCAGAAUAUCCCCCAAGGAAAGCCCGAGAAAAUGUCCUCACUUCCGCGCGUGAAUCUCGAUGAGCCGCGAUACGAUCAGAGCACGUACCUCAAUCGAGCUAAACACUUUAUCAUUCUAACAAACCCCCUCAACGUCUUUGUGUCCACCAGUGAACUCGAUCGGGCGGCCAAAGUUGUCCAGGACUACAAAGCUGAGAAGCCAGUGGAGGCGAAGAGCAUCAAUGAUGUCUGGCGCGCAAAGUACAUUUACGACUCUGCCUUUCAUCCGGAAACGGGUGAGAAGAUGAUCAUCAUCGGGCGGAUGUCAGCCCAAGUGCCCAUGAAUAUGCUCAUUACUGGGUGUAUGAUGACCUUCUACAGGUCCACGCCGGCUGUGGUCUUCUGGCAGUGGCUCAAUCAGUCGUUCAAUGCCCUGGUGAACUACACAAAUCGCUCUGGCUCGUCGCCAAUCAGCAACAAUCAGCUGUUCACGUCCUACUGCCUGGCCACGGGUGGCGCCCUGGCCACUGCUCUCUCCCUCAAUCGUCUGUGCAAGUCUGCGCCACCACUGGUGGGGCGUCUGGUGCCGCUGGCCGCCGUGGCGGCUGCCAAUUGCAUCAACAUCCCCAUGAUGAGGAUGCAGGAGCUGCAGCAGGGCGUGGAGUUGUACGAUGACAACAACAAUCGCGUUGGAGUGUCGAAGAAUGCCGCCCAGAAGGGCAUCACGGCGGUGGUGUUGAGCAGAAUAAGUAUGGCAAUGCCCGGAAUGGUGUUCACGCCCAUGCUGGCGACAUUCCUGGAGAAGAAGGGCGUCUUCAGGCGCCUGCCCUGGGCCAAUGCACCCAUCCAGACGCUCUUCUGUGGCUUCUGUCUCACCUUUGCCACGCCCCUGUGCUGCGCACUGUACAGCCAGAAGGCCAGCAUCCGGGUGGAUCAGCUGGAGCCGGAAGUGCAGGAGAAUGUGAAGAAAGUCUCGCCGGACAGCAAGGUGGUGUACUUCAACAAGGGCCUCUAGACGCCCCUCCGCCACUUCUGUUACCAAGCAAUAGUCCAUUUAAAUGCAUUUUUGUUGUGGAGAAA